CACCGCCCCUAGGCUGUCCCAGGCGGUUAAGUCCGGCCGAAGCUUUUCCUUCACUGGCCCGCCCACCAUGACGAUCACCUACAGCUGUAUUGCUAAUGGCCGAGCGGUCCUAGCGGAGCUGGCCCUGACCGGAGGCUCCUAUCAGGAAGCAGCGGCAACAGUGCUUAAACUAGUGCUUCUUAGAGCUGAGCCAAAGACCAUAAUGCAGAUGGGAAGCUUUGUCUACCAUACUCUCUUUAUUGAUGGAAUCACUUACCUAUGUGCCACAGACAAUGCCUUGGAUACCAUAACACCAUCUGCAUUUCUUAAAAAUGUUAGUGAUACUUUUCUGAGAAAUCCUUUGAUGUUGCAAGAACAUUUUUCUCCUUCAAAUGCAGUUGCUGCAGAUUUUCAACAAGUAUUAGGAAAGUAUAUGAUGAAAUACAAUAAAAAUCAAGAUGAUAGCUCAAUAUCUACACUGAGGAGUCAAGUAACUGAUGUAAAAAAUAUUAUGUCCCAAAAUAUUGAUGAAAUUUUGGAAAGCGAAAACAGAUUGGAUAUCUUCACUGAUAGAACCAAUGAUCUGCAAACAACUGCCAAAGAAUCCCAAAAAACAAGAAAGAUUCUUAGGAGGAUAAUAUGGUGGAAACACUUCAGAAAGAUCAUAAUCCUCACUGUGGUAAUUCUCCUUUCAAUUAUCAUCAUUCUUUUAAGUACAAAUGUAAUAGCAACCUAACUUUUUCUCCACAUGCCCAGCAGUUACCAAUAAAUGGUUGUGCAAACACAGAAUUCCACAACCAACCAUUAUGAAAGCAUUCUCUGGUGGUUAAGAAGCCUGGAGGAAGAGGGGCUGGACAUUCUUCCUUGUCCCCUCAGUGUGCCUUGACUCUUGUCCCUGUACCUCUUCCAUUUCUGUAAUCCCAUUUUUUUCCCA